UCACCGCUCCAUCCAAAUCCAUUAUCUAAUCUCUUUCUUUUGUAGUGACUGCCACUAAUACUCAUAACAGUCUCUCGGAAAGUCUAAACUCAAUCGCAGAGCAAUGGAUUUGACAUCCCAACAGCUUACCCAAUACAAUGGUACGGACGCAUCAAAGCCCCUCUACGUGGCUGUGAAGGGUCGCAUCUUCGAUGUCACGAACGGCAAGUCCUUCUACGGCCCCGGAGGUCCCUACGCCAUGUUCGCCGGCAAAGACGCCAGCAGAGCUCUGGCCAAGAUGAGCAAGAACGACGAGGACGUGACACCCUCUCUCGAUGGCCUCUCCGACAAGGAGAUCGGAGUCCUCAACGACUGGGAGAAGAAGUUCGAAGCUAAGUACCCCGUUGUUGGUCGCGUAGUUUCUUGAAUCCUAAGCUUGUUUACAUGCUUUAUUUAUGAAAUGGGUGUCUAUGUAUGUAUUGGUAAUGCUAUUUUGGGGGCUAAUACGCUUCUGGGUGUUUGUGAUUUCGUUGGAAUUUGACGAUUUCGAAUUGUUAAUCAUGGAUGUUGUUGUGUUACUGUUGGAGGGUUUGUGUAUGAUUAGUUUGGGUCAAAUAAUAAAUUUUGGUUGUGUGAAAA